AUGAACAACAACGAUAUCUCUACCUUGGUGGACCCGCCUGACCAUUUGCUGAGGGUCAAGUGCCGAGCGCGUUUCCCUAGAGAACAUAUCAUCAACUUCGCCUUUGCCUCCGUGGGACGGUUCACCCUAGUCCUCGACUCAGAUCGUAAGAUCCUACGAGCUAAUGCCCGACUCCAUGAUGCAACAUACAAGUACUUGGUCGUCGAUGAUCCUCAGAUCCUUGAAGCGUUCGCCGAAGGUCGCGAUUCCGAGCAGUACCUGAGUUUCCCUCCGCUAACAAAGUUUCGUCUCGAUCCUUUCGAUGAGCCUGAUUCAAACGACUCAGACGCUUCGCGGCCAGAAACAGCGCGCUUGGUAGACGUCUCGAACCUGCCAAUCAUGGUGGUGUUUGGACGUCGACCAAUAGCAUCGUUGGAACCACCCAAAGGAGCAGUGAAUGCCCGACUUGAGGCCAUAUGGGGAAAGGAUGUUGGACAUCCGAUUUCGGGACUCAAGAAGGCGGAGAUUUAUCAUAAACCUCUGAUAGACACAGCACCUGUCCGACGCCCAGUGUACAGACGAGUUGCUUCUCCACCAGACGCCAUGUCACGAUCAUCAAACAGAGGACUGACUAUACUCACGCUAUAUGCAGAACAAUCGUCACCAUUAGAAUCAGAGUGCGUGGCUGAAAUCGGGCGUGAUACUUCAAGAGACACAGUUCCUGCGUGUGAGCCUGGGCUAGGCUGCUCAGUUCCUGGUCAUCAGUGUCGCGAUCGCAACAAUUAUACAACUUGUAAGCUCCACAGACGAUUAGUGACACUUCAUCAACAGAUGGAGAAGGGCGGUUAUCAAAUGCUCCCUUCUGACUCAGAAGCUGCGGGCGCAGGUGAGAAAAUUUCGACUAAACGAAACAACACAUCCAUGGAGCCCAGGUCCACUAGUGGAGCUUUUGCGCUCGCAACUCUUGAGGGUCUAGCGGCGGCUUCAAAUGCUCUGCGUGAGGUAGGUGCGCGGUGUGAGUCUGUUGCGGACGCUCAAUCUGACAAGACAUAA